UGAUCAUGAUGCAAACGCAAGUGACUUUUUGCUGGGACGACACGUAAAACGUUUUGCGACUGGAGAAGUAACACAAGAGUCCUCGGAGAGAGGAAGCAGUGCACCUACUGCUCUGUGUUUGGCGGCCGUUGGCGCAAUAUCGCCUUUCGUGUUUGCUGCUUGCGCGUGCAGAAAGCCUGGACGUGAACAGCAGCGGGAAUGCAGCGUUACGACCAAUACCCGUGGUAUCAUGGUAAAUUGGAUCGGCAACGCGCUGAGGAUGUGCUUCGCAAUAAGCGCACUGGAACGUAUCUAGUGCGAGACAGCAGCACAAUACCAGGCGACUACGUCCUUUCUGUCAGAGAAAAUGCCAGCUUGGGUGCACUGUACAGUCAUUACAUCAUUAAUCACCGUGGCAACUUGUACAUCAUUGGGGACCAAACGUUCAUGUCGCUACCGGAGGUUAUCGAGUUCUAUCAUGACCACUACCUGGAUACCACUGUCUUGACGGAAAUCGCUGACCGCCAGCAGCAAGGCCAGACAUUAGUUCAACCCAGACCUAAGGAAGGUGAACCCUUACCACCGCCUGUACGAGUGACUAUGCCGGCAGCUCCUGAGCCUGCACCAGCUAGUAAUGGACAAGUCAUAUGCACUGUCAAGGCACUGUUCAAGUUUCAGUCCGACGAUUCAGAGGAUCUUCCAUUUGAAAAGGAUGAUAUAAUGUACAUAAUCAGCAAGGAUGAAGAUGCUUGGUGGACGGCGCGGCAUUCUGUCUCUGGCCGACAGGGCUCCAUACCUGUACCGUACGUGGAGGUGGAGGAGGCCAGUCAAGCGCCACCUCCUCGGCCUGAGGAGCACAGAGCUCACGCUACGCGGCUAGAGUCGACUGGAGCUCAAGGUAGUGAGCGUCAAGGAGGGCGCACUCAGUCACCACAGCAGCAACCUGCCCCCGGAGCAGCAGGAGUGGGUGGUGGUGGCGGCGCUGGCACACCGAGCCGAGUGCGUGCGCUAGCCAUCCUGGACCGGUAUGCCAGCGCCUACGACAACACUGCACUCUCGUUCAAGGCCGGAGAGACUAUCACUGUACUACGGCAGAAUGAGAACGGCCUCUGGGAGGGCGAGUUGAAUGGCCGCCAGGGACACUUUCCGUUCACACACGUGCAGGUGAUUGACGACGGAGACCAGGCAGCGACUUUCUACUGAAGCACCCGUGUGCGCCAAGGUGCACCUUCUUAUGUUGAAGCUGGCUGGUACGGGCUAUUUGUGUGCUAGCGGACCGGUAACAGUCUCAGCUUGGGAUCCCACCCUGAUUUUGAUUGCAAUGCAUGCGUACCCGGUGUUGUUUUCUCUCCGAUUGUGUGUAUGCCAAAUGUUAGGCUAGCUCAACUAGCUAUUCCUGUAACGAACUUGAUUUCACAUUGCCCCCGGUGAUUCUUGUGAGGUGGCGUCUAUGCCAUGCAGCUGCAACCGCGCUGCACUUGCCAAGCCACAAGAUUUGUCCAGGUACAGUCAGCUACUCAUCUUGUCCACCGGUACCAUCAGCUACUCAUCUUGUGCACUGCUACCGGGUACCGGGAUACCGUCAGCUUCUGAUCUUGUUCACUGGUCCCGUGAUACCGUCAGCUACUGAUUGUUGGUAUUCUGCUGCCCGGAUACUAGUGCUCAGACGGGUAGUAGUAGUAAUAGUAGUGCUGGCUCUGGAUGCCCUCCCCCCCCCCUCCCCACAGGAAUGUGUUCAUUCAAUUUCAUUGUCAUCCGGAUCUCUCUCUCUCUCUCUCUCUCUCUCUCUCUCUCUCUCUCUCUCUCUCUCUCUCUCUCUCUCUCUCUCUCUCUCUCACACACACACACACACACACACACACACACACACACACACACACACACACACACACACACACACACACACACACACACACACACACACACACACACACACACACACACACACACACACACACACACACACAUGCACAGUGGCUUUGAGUUCAACGGGGUGGGCUACGUUCGUAACAGCACUCUGCUAUGCCAUUGCUAGUGUGUGCCAGACUUUGCUAGUGUGUGCCAGACUGUGGCCGAGUCGCCAAUUCAGCUAUCGCCUUUCAAGCAUUCGCCUCAUGUACAUUGUGUGCUAAAUGCUCCCAUACUAGACUGCCAGAGCGGCUGCUAAACAAUUAGAUAGAAUGUCUCCUGCCACAGCGUAUGCUGCGGAUGGUUCAUGUACAGACGGCUGGGCACGACGCGUGCAGUGCGUAAUCACAGUAACCCCCGCUCUCCCUAGUUUGCCUCGCGUGGUGCUUUUACGGCUAAUUCUUCUCCUUCAAUACCUUGUCACUUAAGCAGUCCUCCUGGCCAGUUUAUCUUAUUUGGGCGUCUAAUUCCUAGUCCCUGCUCUCAUUAUUCCUAGCCGUAUGCUACUGUGCCGACGAUGGAUUUCACAUUGCCUUGCUCCGUGUAUCUUCAUGCUACGUUCUCCCCAUAUACAUACCACCCAGGUACCGCCAUUACGUAAUACAGUGACUACUCAAUUUUUCUCUCUUGCGCGCGCCAAGCAGUCGCCAGCCUCUGCGCUGCUGCCAUGCAAUGAUUGUAACCAUGGAAACCGUGCUCGGUACAGUGCGGUGCAAAGCUGUCUACCAAGA